GGGCAAGAGAAAUAUUUAUUUAUUAGUGGGUAACAAAAAUAAAAUAUUAUCUUCUGGUGACCCGCAACGCAAAGUGUCUCUACGUGAAACGGCACAAGCCUUUUAAUAAUACUGCUUUCCUAUUUGUUCAUUUGAAAAAAACACUAAAGUUCCAAUUUCAUUUCUUCCAGUCAAAAUAUAGAGGAAAAGACGGAACGCGGCUUAACUUGUUAAUUCAUGAUGUAAGUCAAACCCACAAAACCUCUAGGGGCGAUGCUUCCGGCGGAAAAGACUUCAUCAAAAGUUCUUUGGUUGACGGGAAAAGUCCAAGCUUAAGUCACCAUCUAGCAUCUUCGUCCCAUUUAAUGUUGUAGAUUUUUCAUUGAAAAAAAAGUCUGCUGCUGACUUUGUCAUGAAUGAUAUAUAGAGGAAGAAUUAGCCAGUUUCGUUCUGUAUAACGUUCUUCCUUAAUGGAAUUUCUUUGCGUUUUCUCAUGGGUUCUUUCCUUGCUGUUGAUCUUCUCUUCAUCUUCAUCCGCAGAGCAAUAUGUUCUGCGAGACGGUUCAUCUCUGUCCGUCGAGAAACCAACUGAUGUGUUAUUAUCACCAAACGGUGUUUUCUCUGCUGGGUUUUUUCGUGUUGGAGUUCGUGCUUUCUGCUUCGCGGUAUGGAUUACCAAAUCCAAGGAUCCCACGGUGGUGUGGAUGGCAAACCGGGACGAACCCGUUAAUGGAAUAGGCUCCAAGCUUUCGCUGCAGAAAAACGGAAAUCUCAUUUUGACAGAUGGAGUUCGAAGAACCCAAUGGGAAACGAAGACUGCUUCGUCUUCUUCGGUUGAGUUAAUUCUCCUCAACGAUGGCAACCUUGUUCUUGUUACUGCAAACUCAGAGAAAGAAAAGUUGUGGCAAAGCUUCGACUCACCAACGGACACGCUUCUUCCUGAGCAGGUUUUGACGAAGGACACAUUCCUUACAUCGUCAAGAAGCAUAAGCAACUUCUCUUCUGGUAACUACAGGCUUUAUUUUGAUAACGAUAAUGUGCUGAGACUUCUUUAUAAUGUUCCUGAUACGACGAGUGUUUAUUGGCCAAACCCUGCCAUAAUGCCAUGGCAAUCUGGAAGAUCUACGUACAACAACAGCAGACUUGCAGUGCUCAACCUACUUGGCAACUUUGCAGCAUCUGAUAAUUUCAAUUGCAAUUCUUCAGAUUAUGGUGGCAAGAUUCUAAGACGACUGACUCUUGAUCCUGAUGGGAAUCUUCGAAUUUACAGUCUUGUCAGCGAAAGUCGAACUUGGGUUGUUUCAUGGCAGGCGAUUUCUCAGCCAUGCACGAUUCAUGGAAUUUGUGGAGAUAAUAGUGUUUGCGGUUAUGAUCAUGUUAGAGGAAGAAGAUGUUCUUGCUUGCCUGGAUACAGGGCAAGGAGUACCACUAAUUGGAUUCAGGGGUGUGAGCCGGAAUUUGAAUUUAGCUGUAAUAGUAGCAAGUUUGAUUUCAAAAGUCUCCCUCAUGUUCAACCUUUUGGAUUCGACAGAGAUGGUUUCCCCUCUGCAAGUUUAGAAGCUUGUAAAGAGAGAUGCUUGAGUAUGUGUAGUUGCAGAGGUUUCGUAUUUGAUUACGAUAUGACCAACAACAAUGGGUAUUUAUGUUACCCCAAGAUCCGACUGUUCAAUGGGUUUAUUACGCCGAGUUUCUCCGGAAACUUGUACCUAAAAUUGCCAAAGGCCAAUAUGAACUCUGUCAAAAAGAUAAGCACAGAAUCACGGUUAGAAUGUUCAAGAGACUUUGCUGUGCAGCUAAACAGAACAUACGAAAAGGCUCGUGGAGCUUGGUCUCUCAACUUUCUGCUAUGGUUUGCUGUUUCAGUGGCAAUCUUUGAGAUGACUUGUAUAUUUCUGGUGUGGUGUGUUUUGUUCAGAACUGAGAAAGACUCCGACUCUGAAGCAGCUAAACAAGGUUAUAUUCAAGCUGCAACUGGGUUCAAAAAAUUUACUUAUGCUCAACUGAAGAAGGCAACCGGGAGUUUUACUGAAGAAAUCGGAAGAGGAGGAGGUGGGGUGGUAUACAGAGGAGUAUUGCCCGAUAAUCGGAUUGCAGCGAUCAAGAAGCUCAACGAAGCUAAUCAAGGAGAAGGAGAAUUCCUGGCAGAAGUGGGCACCAUUGGCAGACUAAACCACAUGAAUUUGAUAGAAAUGUGGGGAUACUGUGCAGAAGGAAAGCACAGGCUUUUGAUUUAUGAGUUCAUGGAGCAUGGAUCUUUAGCAGACAACCUAUCUUCUAAUUCACUCAACUGGGAGAAGAGGUUUGAUAUUGCGGUGGGAACAGCUAGAGGAUUGGCUUAUUUACAUGAAGAAUGCCUAGAAUGGAUUCUCCACUGUGAUAUAAAGCCUCAAAACAUCUUGUUGGACUCUGAUUACCAGCCGAAGGUAGCAGAUUUUGGCUUAUCUAAGCUUCUGAACAGGGGUGGCGGUGACAUGAAUGGCUCAAGCUUCUCGAGAAUAAGAGGAACUAGGGGUUAUAUGGCUCCUGAAUGGGUUUACAACCUUCCACUCAACUCCAAAGUGGAUGUAUAUAGCUACGGAAUUGUUGUGUUGGAGAUGGUAACUGGUAAGAGUCCCAUAGGCAUUCAUUCUCUUGAUGGGGGAAUGGCGACAGAGCAUGGGAGACUGGUCCCUUGGGUGAGGGAGAAGGUGAAUGGAGGUGCUACGAGAGAAUCCUGGAUUGCUGAACUAAUGGAUCCAUUAAUGGCCAAUGAAUAUAAUGUUGAUAAGGUGGAAUGUCUGGUUAGAGUAGCACUGAAAUGUGUGGAAGACGACAAAGAUUCAAGACCCACCAUGAGUCAAGUGGUAGAGAUGCUUUUGCAGAAUGAGGGGAAGCUUUCCAAGAUCCACUCGAUGCUGUAGCCUUUAGGUAAGUCAUAGUUUCAGAACCUUUUAUUUUUAAAUUACCAGGUUUAGUUGUCAUGUUUGUUGUCGAAUUAUUUCUACUAAUUCGAUACUGUUUGCUAAAUUCAUUGAUAAAUAAGGCUUAUGUUGGGCAAAAACUAAGCUGUAUUUGUAACUUAUAAGCCUUUGCUUAUGUAAUAUUCAUAAUCAUGAAUUAGAUGCUAAAGCUUCUGAUUGCUGAGUA